AUGUCGGCCGCUCUUGCCAUUCCGCUUACCGGCAUGGUGCUGUACAACCACGUAAGAACUUCCACGUGGAGACUACAUUUGAAGACAUUCCAUUGGACUGCUUUGAUCGCAAACAUUGUGCUAGCGUCGGUCAUUAUUCUCAACCUUGAGAUGCUUCCAUGGUGUGUCAUGUUUCCUUUCGACUCGUGUGAUGUGGAUUCUGGAAAUUGUAAUCUGAAAAGAUAUAUGUUCUUCGGUUCAUUCCUCUACCUCUCCCUCACUUUUCUGGUUUCAUCGAUUGAGCGAGUUUGGGCAAUCAACGGAUUCGGAAAGUAUCGCAAAAGUGUUUGGUACUUGUUGUAUCCUUUACAGGAGUGUGAGUCAGACGGUGUUUCUAAUUCGGAACUUUAUUAG